CCAAUAUAUUUUUAAAAUAAAACAGAAAUGACCAUAAACAGUACUAAUGAAUUCUUUCUGAAUAAAAUUAAAGUAAUGCUGAUCAUUUGAGUUCAUUCAGCAAUGUGUUUUAUGGAAUAGUCAACACCAAGUUGCCUCGGUGAGGCAAAAUGGAUCACUGUGUGCAGGCAGCUGAAUCUGGAGCCAGGAAUUGGCACCUGCCUGGCUCCCAAAGUUUUGAAAGUGCACAGCUUGAACAAUUGUUUCAAAGAUAUAUGAGCUAUUUAUACCGUGUGCCUGUUAGUUGCUCAUUAGUUUUAUUAGCUCUUCUAUCAGGAAUUCAGGCAGCAUUUAGUGCUGGUUAUGCACGACGUGCAACACUUCAAAAUGUUUCUGGGGCUAUGCAUAGUUUAAUAUUUGCAGUUAUGCUUGUGCUUCUACAGAUGAAAAUGGCUCAGAAAUGGCAACUAAUAGCAGUCUGUUAUACCAUUUUAUUAUUUUGUACGACCUUAACUGUGACGACAAUGGCAGCUGAUUUGAUGCAAUUUACAUUACCUGCUGAAUCUCAUGGAGUUAGUUCAGAAGGCGUUUGGCUAGUGUCUUUUAUUUCAUUUAUUGCUUACACUAUGAUGCCAUUGUAUGCUUGGCAUGCUAGCCUUUUUGGAAUAUGUUUAACAAUUAUUCAAGUUGGAGUCAGUUUUAUUACAACAAAGCAUUACUUGGAUACUUACUGGUAUCAAGUUGGUGCAAAUUUACUCAUUUUUGUAGCAGUCAAUGCUUGUGGAAUUAUUUUGCAUAGAUUUACAGAACAGAAUCACAGAAAAGCUUUUCUUGACACAAGAAAAUUAAUUUCUGCCAAACUGGAUUAUGAUGACGAAAAUGAGAGAUUGGACAGAAUUUUAUUAUCACUUUUACCCCAGCAUGUUGCUGGUGAAAUGAAAUUUGAUCUUACCCAUGCAUUCAGAGAUACACCUACACAUAAAUCUUAUCUACAAUAUCAUGAGAAAUUAAGUUUUCUAUUUGCCGAUAUUGUUGGUUUCACCCAAUUAAGUGCACAAUGCGGUCCACUAGAACUUGUUCGCAUAAUGAAUGAAUUGUUUGGUAGAUUUGAUCACUUAUCAAACGAGAACCACUGUUUACGAAUAAAGUUAUUAGGCGAUUGCUAUUUUUGUGUUUCUGGAAUCAAUGAAAUGAGGUCUGACCAUGCUCGUUGCUGUGUAGAGCUUGGACUUGAUUUGAUAGAAGCAAUUUGUCAAAUGAUUGGUCAAACAAAUGCUCCGUUGAGUAUUCGAGUUGGAAUUCACUCCGGUUCUGCGACAUGUUACGUAUCAGGAAUAAAAAGGAGACAAUUUGAUAUUUGGUCAAAAAAUGUAUCCAUGGCUAGAAGAUUGCAAAUGUCAGGAGACGCUGGUAAAGUUCACGUGUCCAGAGCCACCAUUGAUGCGUUGACGGGCGAGUAUGACGUAACAGAUGCUCCAGGAGGGACAUAUUAUAUUGUCCCACCACCACGCAGAAGAAAAGCGCUCGCAUUAUGCACUUUGGAAAUGAAUGCACCACUGGGUACGCUGCAAAAACACGAAUUAUCUAUUAGAAAAGUUGCGAGUAUAAAUCAAUUACUGCACAACAUAAAAUUUGGAGCGGAAAUUCCAUUUGCUUUCAUCGGUGAAAAUGAGAGUGCUAAUGCACCAAGAGUUGAUGCUGAUUCUUCAGCUUCUAAAGUUACUGGUGUUUCAAAUCUAAGACCUUUCAAGAAAAGAUCUUGCAAUGUUCUAAGAAAUCUGCAUACAAGCAACCGCAUUGAUAGAAAUCUAGCAACAGCCAUAGAAGCUCAAUACUUGGAUUUAGAAAACGAUGCUCAGAUAGGAUAUCUGACUUUAUGUCUUCGAGAUAAGCAGAAUGAAGCCAUGUAUCGUCAUGAAUGUGACCCAGAAUUUGCUGCAUCUCUUUGGUGUUGCUUGAUAUUGGUUGUUUGUGGUGCAGGAAUCCAAGGCCUUAUGCUACCUAGAACUUUAUUUUUACUACUGCUUUUCUUAACGGCCUUUGCCUGGGUCACUUCAUUACUGAUGUUAUUACUAGCAGCAAGGUUACAAUGGAUAUUCUGGGAUGUUACUAAAAGUUUUACUUUAAGACUAGCGUUGACAAUUUUUACUGUUUUACUUGUUUUCUCAGUAUCAAUUUUGAAUGUGUUCACUUGUUUGCCCAAUCCUUCAUGUGAAAUAUCUCAGGCACAUUCAGUUAAUGAUCAUUUGUCUUGCCCAGUCCCUAUAUAUGUACCCCUUGGAGGCAUUCUAUCAGGGUUAGCCGUUGCUGUAUUUUUUAAAUUAUUACUAUGGGCAAAGUUAUCUAUUUUGAUCUUCAUCAUGAUUUGUUAUACAUUGUUUGUCCAGCUCUCUCAUAUUGAUCUAUUCCAUUGUUAUGAUUCAAUAGUCAGAUCAUUAGUUCCAGCUCAUACUUCAAGUCUGGUACAAUUAUUGAUGUUUUUGGUUGCUUCUGGUCUUCAUGGAAGAUGUUUAGAGAGAGUUAUGAGACUGUGUUACUUGAGAAAAAAUGAGGCAAAUCGUGCAAGACAUGAGGCCAAUGUUUUACAACAGUCUGGUGUUAGACUAUUGCAUGAUCUCUUACCUCAGCACGUGACACAAUUCUAUUUAGAGAAACAAAGAAGACCAGGAAGCACAGAUCUCUAUUGCGAAAGCUAUGCUUAUGUUGGAGUACUUUUUGCAACAGUGACAGAUUACCAUGAGUUCUGCACUGAUAUGGAAAGCAGUACCAAUGGUCUUGAUUCUGUUGCAAGAAGAUUGUUUUGGAGCAAUUGA